AUGAUUGAUUCUUCUGGCAACCAUUCCUCUUGUAUUUUUCCUUUAGAAUGCACUCCUAAAAUCAAAAACAUUAAUGAAAUUCAUAUAGGAAACAAUGGAUGGAUAAGUAUAUGUACAGACGAGGCUAUUCAUCAGAAGGAGUUUAAAGCAUUUCACCUUGAUAAGAAAUUCGAUAGAAAAGAUUUAGGAUUGCAAAAGAAAAAUUUAUCCAACGGAAAAUUCUUAACGACUGUUAGGGGUUCACAAUUGAUGGUUGUAGAUUCUCACAUUCCACGACUAUCCACUUUGUAUCUUGACGGAUCGAGACCUAGGCUGAGAUCUAUUAUUGAGCUUGAAAAUUUUGUUUUUAGUUCUAUUCAUUCGUUUUGCUUCUCAACUAAUGAUGAAAACAUUUGCUACAUAUCAAGCGAUCAUGGAGUCAUUUCAUCGUUCAAAAUUGAAAACAAGUCGGCAACUAUGGUUGACCAAAAACAAUUUCCAACCACGAUCAAAAAAUUGCAAGCUGUAAAUAUUGACUCGUCCAAGGAGGCUCUGUUUCUCGUUGGUGAACAUCAUAUCGAUUAUAUUAUGAUCGAGGUCCAGAGCGGAUUGCAUCCAUUAUUUGUGGGAAAACCUAAACCAGUAAUAUGUAAUCUAUUGAAUACCAACCAAUAUUGGCUAAGCUCGGCACAGUGUAUUACUAUAACAUGUUCAAAUCAUCGAGCUCUCAUCAAAGAAAAACAUACCUUCAUUGUUUUAGACUUGACACAAGACAUCAUCACCCACAUUUACAAAACGCCAAGCCGUGACCAAACCAUUACAUAUCUUACCUUACUCAAAAACGGCAUUGUUGUGUUUGGUGAAUAUGAUGCAACUUCCCAGCUGACCAAAAUUUUUUUCCUAAACGAAAGGUUUGAGCCUUGCCAUGUCCCUUUUGGAGUUCCUGGAUAUUUAAACCUUAUCAAACAGCUUGAUGACAAUAAGUGUUUAUUGCAUUUUAAUGAUGAUUCGUUGAAAGUUGUGCAAAUAAAUUGA